AUGGCUCGGAGCGGCGGCCGGCGCGGCCCGCGGGAAGGCGCCGUGCGCGGAUCCUGCCGGCGCCGCCUCCGCCCCCCCCCCCCGCUCAGCGGGCACUGCGCCUGCGCGGGCGCUCCCGCCCCGCCAGAGGGCGGCCGCGUGGCGGGUGCGCGGGAGGACGGAGCGGGACCCGGCCGGUUCCGAGGACGGGACGGACGAGGCGGGCUCCGGGCGGGUGCGGGACCCCGGGGCCCGAGCGGCCGCAGGUGCCGCGGGCAGCCCCCGUGGGCGGGACCCGGUUCCGAGGGCGGGACGGACGAGGAGGGCUCCGGGCGGGUGCGGGACCCCGGGCCCGAGCGGCCGCAAGUGCCGCGGGCAGCCCCCGUGGGCGGGACCCGGCGCGGCCCCGCCCGGCGCAGCGUGGCCAUGGCGGCGGCGGCGGCGGCGGCGGCGGCGCGCGGGGCCCUGGCGGGGAUCCUGCGGCGCUGGGCCCCCCGCGCGCUCCCGCUCUGCGGCCCCUCCGCUCGGUGUUUCGGGCACGGACCGGCCCCGGCCCCGCUCUGGACCCCGCGGCUGCUCGGCGAGAACCGGCCCCGGGCAGGGACGCCCUCGGUGCUCAGCAGUGUCACACCCCUACUUCCAAGUUUACUCCAGCAGCCAGCAAGGACCCUUACCUAUUGCAGCUUACGGAAGGGAAAGAGGAAAAGUGUGAAAUCUGUGGUCAAAAGGUUCCUCCGGCUGCACAAUGGCCUCUGGGUUAGGAGAAAGUCUGGUUACAAGAAGAAACUCUGGAAGAAGUCGGCUGCCCAGAAGAAGCGUUUGAGGGAGUUUGUGUUGUGCACGAGGACACAGUGUAAACUCCUGGAUAAAAUGACCACUUCCUUCUGGAAAAGGAGGAACUGGUACACUGAUGAUCCCUACCAGAAGUACCACGACCGCACAAACCUUCGUGUGUAGAAAUCCUGGUUUUGCACAUCUCUAGGAAAGGGGGAGUGGUCAUGUGGCAUGGUCUGAAUUUUGGAACGUAAAUCUGUAAUACCUGUAAGUUUUUAAAUAAACAUGUGCAUAUCAUCUGAACAGAAUUAUGGGAAUCAAUGCCCAAAAUAAAGGAAUACUCAAGAUUGUCUUCA